AUGGCCGCCAAGCGCAAAAGCCCCGCUGCGGCCAAACGCCCGCCGCCCAAGCGGGCCCGCGAGACCGAGGCGGAGGAGUUCUCCGGCACCCAGUUCAAGGCCAUGUUGCGCCAGCCCGGCGCCGCCGCCGCCAAGGGUUUGGAAACAUUCAUAUCCAUUGCUAAAUUGUUGCCAUCAGAAGAACAAUAUGAUGUUGUGGAAGGAUACAUUAAAAUUUCUAUUGAGUGUGCAGAAAUUUUAAAACUUCUAGAUGGUGAAAGGAGGCCAGAAAGUGAGAUGCUGCUCAUCUUUCAAGCUCUGGAAAGCAUUUUGCUGCGAACAGCGAGUGAUCUUUCCCAUUUUCGUGUUGUAGGGAUGAACAUAGUAAAGAAGCUGAUCAACAGCUACAUGAGAUUAAUUUAUUCUGCUCUGUAUUCUGAAAAUCAUAGAAUGUCUCGUCUGUGCCUCACCUUGCUGUCGGCAAUGGUGGCACAGGGGCCAGAUGCUGCAAGGGAUGUCUACAGCCAUUUUGAUUUCAAUAAUAAGUUCUUGUCUGGGUUAGUGAAAAAGAGAGAUUAUAAGGGCAAGCCUGAUGUCCGUAUGGCAUACAUACAGUAUGCUCUCUCCUUCUUAAUUACUGGUGACAACAUGACCCUGGUACACGUUCUUGAGUUAAAAGAUUUCAUUCCUGAUAUUUUUAGAACUGGACUGAAGGAAGAUAGAAUUUCUACAAUUAGCCUUCUGCUUUCCACUUUGACAACAAAGGUGGUUCAAAACAGAAGUAUCAGUAAGACCCAGAAGGUGCGUUUUUUUACUGUAGAUGUGUUGAACCACAUUUCUUCACUGUAUCGCUGGAAUGGAAUCACUGAUGUCGGCACUGAAGAUGUCAAGGCUACCCAGGAUCCUGAAGAGGCGGGGAAGGUCAUAGUGAGGGAAUUGGUUCAUAACUUUUUAAUAGAUCUCUGUUGUUCUCUAAAACAUGGCAUUAACUUCUAUGAUCCAAGUCUUGGCACAGCAGGCAGAGGAGGGAAUUUGGUGCUUCUGCGUUUUCUUCUGUGUUUAAAGACUGCUGUGGAGGAUGAGAUGGUUGCUGACCUUAUGGUGAACAUUUUCAAAGUAUGCCCAGAUUUACUGAACAGAUUCUUUAAGGAAUCGCAGUAUUCCUUUGUUCCCAGACUGAAAUCAGCUUGGCUGGACAAUAUGAAAUUGUUAAGGAAGAUUUAUGAGGCUCAGCCAGAGGUUUCCAACUGUUUUAAAACUUCAGAGUUUAUUCCGCUUCCUAAAUUGCUUUCCAUGGUGAUGGUGACAACUGUUCCGGCAGUAUGCAAUAAAGCAAUGUUCACCCAGGGAUUAAAUAUAGCCAGUAACAUAGUGAAACAUACGAUCUUUUCACUUCUGUCAAUGAUCCUGAAAAGAGCGCUGAAAAACAUUGAACACUGUCUGAAUGAGACUAUAUGGGAGAAGUCUGAAGUCUAUACUCCAUCUGUGAUGCAGGAGUUUGUUCAGCAGUACAGGGAAGCUUUGAGCAAGCUUUUUCCAGAUAUGACUAACAUAAUAGCAGUGUGGCAGUCACUUCUAAAGCAAGGGAAGGAACAGAAUGGACAGAGAAGGGAAGAAGAAAAUGCUGCUUCCAUGGUGGAGGAAAUUACAGAGGUCGUAGAACAUGGUUCAGAUGAUGCAGAGACCACUCUUCUGAAAGCUGUAUUGCUUCAUGUAAUAUGUCUCUAUCAGCAAGUUGUUCCCCACUUGGUAGCACAAAGCAACUUCGAUUUUAGUAAAUUAAUCAAAGGUAUUGUAACGGAAAAAGGACUGCGACAGGAGGUUCCUCCUGUUCUACAACAUCAUAUUCUAAAGGUAGCUCUUGAGUUGCCUGCAAAUAAGUUUUCCUGGUUUAAAGUACAGGUUGACUUUGCUGCUGAGAAAGCUUGUACAGAAAGAUCGGUAUUCUAUUUAUUGAUGAAAAUGUUUGUUACAAGUAACCAUCCUCAUCUCAAAACAUCAACAAAGAAAUUGAUUAUUAAGGUUUUGCAGGACAGUGGAGUAUUUGAGUAUACCUGGAAGGAACUUGAAGUGUGGCUUGAACAUUUGGAGAACACAGUAGAAGCCAAAAAGGAAGCAGUGAUUCAGUUUUUGGAAAGGGUCUUGGUAAAAUUGGUGACAACUCCUUAUCCGUACACUGAUAAGGCAGCAGAUCUUGUCCAAGAAGCCAGUAUUCUGCAGGUCAACCUGUUUAAACAAGAUACUGAUAAUGUCAGCAUACCCAUCUCUCACAUUGACGAUGCUCUGGAUAUGAUUGAUGUCCUUGUGGAAGGCAAUGAAGAUUUAGAUGAAGAAAUUGGAUCCACUUUAAGUGAAGACAUGGUUAUGAGCACAUUUCCGUUCAGUGCUAUCGUCCCAGCUGCUUUGGAAGCCAGGAAUAAGUUGCUUCUUGAGUGUGAUGGAAGCACAAAGGGAGAAAGCAUAGUGGACUAUCUUGUCACCGUUGGCACUGACCUUCUGCAUUCUCAGAGAGACCCCUUAGCUCUUUGUUUGAUGCUUCAGCUCUAUGAUAGAGAACUUCAGACUCUGCAUUCUUCUAACUACCCUCAACUCUACCAGUUCAGCCAGUACUACAGUCUUUGGAUACCACAACAUAUUAAAGAAGCUUUAUUCAAGCCACUAAGCAGUGUGUCUGAAGAUCGAUUCCUGUCACUGGAUUCAUCGUUUUCCUCCUUGUUGAAAAAUAGUUAUGAGAAAGGUGCUGCCGGUCUCUUGGAAGAGGGUGUUAAAGAGAAGUUGAAUGAGGCAAUUUUACGUCUCCAGCCUCAGAAGCUCUUGGUAGCCUCAAAGCAUGUCCUGUUGUACCUAAAAACCACAGUGGAAAAUUUCAGCAGUUUCAGCAGCAACUCUGGUCUUUCCCUUCUCACUGUCUUUGUGGACCUGCUGAAGAAUAUAUUACUCAAAAGUAAUGAUAUAGAAUUGUGUAGUCAGCAGGAAAAGGCCCAAACAAAAUCUGAUCUUUUUAUGGACGAGGAGUCUCUGACUGCAGCAGAAACUUCAAAUGAGAAGAUACUGGACAUCCUUCUCCCUUUGGUCUUCAAACACUCUACACUGGAGAGUUGGUUCCUGGCUGUAGAACAACAUUCUCUUCCACAUCACAAUUUAAGUCCCCUUGCAGUGAAGCACCUUGCUGCUCAUCUGAAUAAUUGCAUCCUUGAGUUGCUGAAGGUGGGCUGCCCACUGUUACAAGCCAGGAAUCAACUUUGUGUGAUCUCCAGAUACUUCGAAGCUGUCACUAAAGCUGUCUUGAAAGAACUGCACACUGGGAGAAGAGGAGGAAGCAAAACAUAUUUCAUGAGGUUACAGCAGCUGGAGGCAUUGCAAGAUCUGCACAUGUUCAUGAACUCACAACAGCUAAAAGAAGUUACUUUGGCUAUGCUGCAGGUUCCUAAAGCAAAUCUAGCCACCAAGAAAUCUGAAACUUCCUCUGGCAAAAAACCAUGCCUGAGCGCUUAUGGAAAGACUCUAGUACAGCUUCUCACUGAGAGCUACCAAAGAGGAUCCCUGAAGGGAGACUUCUUUUUUUCGAGAGAGCACGUUCAAGGGAUGGGAGUUCUUUUGUCUACAGCAGCCACAGAGGAGUUAGAGAAGGUCUUCAGGCAAGCUGUAGAGAGAGAGCCUGUUUUUGCCCAAGCAGUUGGAGUCGAUAUUCAGAUUUUCUGCCUUAAUCGUGCCACAGAAAAUUCCCUUUCCAUUGCUGCUUUGUUGAUUCAGCAUUGUCAGACUCAUCUUCUGCAGUUUGAGCUAUGGUGUCUGAAGCAUGCGACUGGCGAGUUCUUGAGACAGAACAUGGGCUUGUUUCUGCCACUCAUCAAUACGUAUUUGCAACGUCAAGAGCAGCAUCGUUUUACACGCCCGUCAAAAGUCUCUUCAGCUGUUCUAUCUGUUCUAAGAAAAUCUUUGUGUCCAGAACUGCCAGAUGUAUUUCUGAAUAGAGACGCAUCAAAGCCAUUGACAGAAGAGUGUCAAGUUCUUUGCAAGUUACUGCCAUCUUUACAAAUGGAAGACUUGAAAAAUCUAGUUGAAAUGUUACCUGUAGCUCUCGAGGCAACGGGAAGUCUUGAGCACUGGGUUGUUGCAGAUGCUAUAUCAGGAACACUGGAGAGCUCUGAAGAGAAGCUGCACUCCUGGAAGAAAUGCUUGCUGUCUGCCUGUAUCAAAUGGUUAAUCCUCACUUACAGAAAUAGCAAAGAACAAGAAACUUGUUCAGAAAUGGAGGCUGCCAUGCUGUCAAGGCUAGAAAAAUUACUGCAUUCAGUAACUGAAGUGGUUCCAGAGGACUGGCAUAAUUUUGUGAAGAUGGGACUCAGGUACCGUUAUAAAGACCAAGAUUUCAUGAAAACUCUAAAUUCAGCUAUAAAUUUGCUGUACCAGAAAGAAAUGCAUCUUAGUCAGAGAUUAGUCAAGCUAUCCGUGCUUUAUAUGAUGAUCACGCAGCACUCUUUAUUUUUGCCAACAAUGCUGAGGUCAAGCGAAGGCGCUGACUCGAAUGUUCACACAAGAGAGGCAUUAGUGGACAUACUGUUGACUCUUGUGAAAUGCUGCCCUGAAGUAUGUGAGAGUAACCAUUUUGCUGUGCUACUUGGAGCCUAUGGUGCAACUCUGAGUGUUGUAGACCAGAAGAUAUUGCUGCUGCUUAAGUUGUAUGAAAGGAAUGGCCUGAGUCUUGUAAAUUUCAGAAUAUUACUUUGGGGUCCUGCUGCUGUGGAACAUCACAAGACAUGCAGGAGUUUGGGAGAGUCGCUGUGGCAGCAGCCAAGCGCAGAAGAAAUUCUGAGUCUUCUAGACCGAGAGAUGAUGAUGAGGACCAUUCUUCAUUUUCCACAGCACCGACAUCUUCUCCUCCAAGAGGAAGAACAGAUGCUGCAAAGCAAAGGCAAAAACAAGGUGGAUCUUCAAGAUCUCUAUGACCCUUGUUUCCUUCUUCAGCUCUUCAGUGAAUUGCUGAGACCAGAAUGUGUAGUAGGAUGUCCAAAGUUCAUUGAAGUCAAUGCUUUGGGGCUAACAGUAGCUGCCCUAAGCAGCUAUGACCAUAACAUGCGAGCAGCAGCAUACUAUGUCCUGGGCUCUUUCCGCUUUCACCUUGAAGGGGCUCGAUUUCGAGAACAAAGACAGUUGCUUUACCUUAUGGAUGUUGUACAAAAUGGAAUCAGACAAUCAAAUUUCAGAUUUACUUUCCCUUUAACACUCUACAUUGCUAGAGUAGCCCAACACAUGCUGAAGCCAGAGGAACAUAUGUACACAAAGCUGAACAGGUUUCUUCUUUCCCACCAAUACUUGAAUUUGAAGAAAGUGCCCGGAUUUUUUCAGCUCUUCUAUAGUUUUGAUAUAGAGCACAAAUUGGAACGAAAAUGGAUUCUAGCAGUUAUUGGGGAAGGCCUCCGAGAUAAACACUGCUAUGAGUUGUAUGAUUAUCAGAGGAUUUUCCAUGUCCUUCUUUCUUUCUUCCACAGCCCACUUUGUGAUGAAAAUACCCAGCAUCAAAUUCUGGAAAUACUACAAAAUGCUGCCAGCAUCACCAAAGCUGCCUAUGAGCUAAUAAGAGACCACAGCCUUUUAACAUGGCUAUUAUUUAUUCUACAGAAAAGGUUUUUAGAAAACAAGAUGUUAAACUAUGUAAUCUUCUUAGUCCAUACCCUGUGGAUUACAAAUUUAGGAGAUAAGCAGAAGUCAUUCCAGAUGCCUUGUGGAAAUAAUCUACUAGAGAAUCAGAAAUUUCUUCCUCUCCAACUUGUCAAUGAAUUUCUACAUGUUUUAAUAACAUUAUUGAAACACAUCCGUGCCAACUUGGAUUUUGCCCAGCUGAUUCAGUUUUUCAGCCUGUUAAGCUCCAUAUUAGAAUACCGUGCCAUGGUAAUUGAGGCCUUCAAAGAAAUGGGCAGAUUCACUGUGAAUGAGCAUGUCCUAUCCAACAAAGAUAUUCUGUUGCUCUUGCACAAGUGGAGCAUAAUUGGCAAAGAUGUGAAACUUCAAGAUGAUCUGCAAACAAUUGCUCAACAAUACCAAACCAAAGAAUUGCUUAAAAAUAUUAAAGAAAAAAACAAAGUGCAAGUACAUUUUCGAACAUCAUCACAAUUUGUUCAGAAGAAGAAUGAAACUGAAACCGACUCAGGCCCAUCUUCUCAGGGCAACCCAUUUGAUUUAGAGGAAUGCAGAUCUUCUCUGAGAUUGGUCCUGAUGCACUGGGAGCCUGUGUUUCCAGAUAUUUCAGCAAAUCAUUCAAGGGAGCACAAUGGCUAUGACAAUCCUGGUCUUACAAGCAAGAUUGUUUACUUAGUAUUCAGAUGGCUGGUGCAGUCCCUGGUUGACAGCAGCUCCCACAAACAAAAUGUACUUUUGACUUUCAAGUGGUUUAAAAGUUAUGUUUUGCCAAAUACCAUUGUGGUGCAAGAGAUUGUUAUGGAUGGCGUUCUGAAAGAUGGUAUAUUUAAGCUUUACCACAACCUCCAUGAUGCCACUGAAGAGAUUUCAGACCUGAAUGACCUCUCCCUACUUAAUACUGUAAUGCUUCACCUAAUGGAUUUUCAGGGCCUGAUGGAAAAUGAACAUCUUGGGACACUGAAAAGGUUCUGCCUCUCUGCAAUGGAAGAAAACGACACAAAGGAAAAAGCUGCAGGUAUAUUCCUCACAUCUCUGUAUAUUGGAGAUAUUUGGAUGGGAGCACAGCAGCCAGAUAUGCUUAGAACUCAUGUUAAACUGAUUUGUGGACCAGACAAGGGAGAAAAUGGUGACACCCACAAAAUUCGAGAACCUGGAGAAGCUAUAGUUUCUCUGUGCAAAGGCUUUUAUUUGUAUUUAAUUUGUCACAAUACUUUGAAGUCUUAA